AUUGGCCAUUCUUGGCCCAAAAGUGCCGCUCCAGUGAAGACCAGAACCGGAAAGACGGCCGCCCCGACUUGGGCGCGCCCAUGGGCUCGAUGAAAGAAUCGAAGGCGGAGAACGGGGCGGCGGCGCCAUCCCCGGCGACGAACGGCGGCGCUGAUCCUCCCACGUCCGAAGGGGAAAAGAACACGCCCAAGAGGGGGAGAUCGGUGGUGUCCGGGGGGACGCCGCUUGAGGUUGGCACGCGGGUGAUGUGCCGGUGGAGGGAUCAGAAGCCCCAUCCCGUCAAGGUCAUCGAGCGUCGAAAGAUCCUGUCCGGCGGUCCCAAUGACUACGAGUACUAUGUUCACUACACCGAGUUCAAUAGGAGACUUGAUGAAUGGGUUAAACUUGAGCAACUUGAUCUUGACACUGUGGAGACUGAUGUUGAUGAGAAAGUGGAAGACAAGGCAAUAAAUUUGAAAAUGACUCGACAUCAGAAAAGAAAGAUUGAUGAAACACAUGUUGAGCAUGGUCAUGAGGAACUUGAUGCUGCUAGCUUACGAGAGCAUGAAGAGUUUACUAAAGUCAAAAACAUUGCAAAAAUAGAACUUGGCAGAUAUGAGAUUGAUACAUGGUACUUUUCUCCUUUUCCACCGGAGUAUAGUGACUCUUCAAAACUGUUUUUCUGUGAGUUUUGCCUCAAUUUCAUGAAACGCAAAGAGCAGCUUCAAAGGCAUAUGAGAAAAUGUGACCUUAAGCAUCCUCCUGGUGAUGAGAUAUACAGAAGUGGCACCCUUUCUAUGUUUGAGGUUGAUGGCAAGAAGAACAAAGUUUAUGGGCAGAAUCUUUGCUAUUUGGCUAAAUUGUUUCUUGACCACAAGACCCUUUACUAUGAUGUUGACUUAUUUCUAUUCUAUAUUCUUUGUGAAUGUGAUGAUCGAGGUUGCCACAUGGUUGGUUAUUUCUCAAAGGAAAAACAUUCAGAGGAAUCAUACAAUUUAGCUUGUAUUCUCACUCUUCCUCCUUAUCAGAGGAAAGGCUAUGGGAAAUUCCUAAUUGCUUUCUCCUAUGAACUUUCAAAAAAGGAGGGUAAAGUUGGGACCCCAGAGAGACCCUUAUCUGAUCUUGGCCUCUUAAGUUAUAGAGGGUACUGGACUAGGGUUCUUCUGGACAUAUUGAAAAAGCACAAGGGCAAUAUCUCCAUUAAGUUCUGUGAUGUCGGAAAUGUUUAUCAAAUGCUCAAGUUUGUUCCAUCAACAGGAACUCAGCGACAUGACUGCCAUAAAACCCGACGACAUCCUAAGCACUUUACAGACUCUCGACUUGAUACAAUACAGGAAGGGACAGCAUGUUAUAUGUGCUGACCCGAAGGUCUUGGAUCGCCACCUGAAGGCCGCUGGACGAGGAGGCUUGGAGGUGGAUGUUAUUAAACUGAUUUGGACUCCUUACAAAGAACAAGGUUAGUGUUCUCUUGUAUGUAAUAUCAGCAGCUGUAGGUGUGUAGGUGUUCUUAGCACCAAAGAUUGAUUAUGGUGUGCUGUAUAUCUCUCUCAGGAUUUUGAUGCUCUUCUACAAGAGUUUCAAGUAACAAGUCAGUUUUAUUUCUUUAUUUGUUUUCUGUGUUACAUUGUAUACUCACUUUCAUCCUAAAAACGAGUCGACGAGGUAAAGAAAAAACUUCAUCAUGACUUUGUAUA